CCCCGAUGCUAUAGGAUGUACAACCGGUCGGUCCAGUUAGCCGCUCUUCGUGGUUAUCACUGAAUGAAAUGGCAGGUCUUGACGAAUGCCCUCAAGGUGCAGUCCCCGACAAGGAAGCUCGAAGAAUUCUGAAGAACCUUAUUGGAACUCUGACGGGGCAAGGCGACAUUCAUCUCAUCAUGUACUGUGUGCGGGGGAAUAAAGCGAUUGACAUACUCCGCCGGAACUACGAGUUCAUCCGCUCCCAAGUCAAGAGGAAAGUUCCAAUUGUACUCGUCGUCACAUGUUUGGAAUUCCAGAAACCAGACAUGGAAACGUGGUGGAGGGAUAACGAACAAACCAUAUCAAACAUCGGGAUGAUGUUUGCUGGCCAUGCAUGUAUCACCGCGGAUACAAUAUAAAAAUCUGAAGUCAUCAAGGAGCGCUGCGACC